GCAAGUCGACAACAACUAGAAUGAAAUCCACUAAGAGUACUCAAUUAAAACCUGCAGCAUCAGCAAGCGAAGAGUGUGGAAAAUGGCUCGACACAGCAGAGUUAAAAGAAAAGAAACAAAAGAAAUAUUUAACCCGUCCAAUCUCCAAAUUACUGAACCCAAUGGCCAGAUCUGGAGGAUACAGUGUGGCUGUGGCACUGAGCUUCACUCAAACCAAACUUAACAUGCCUGUCACAAGACAGAGCUCAAUAUCAUCUUUCUUUUCACCCAAACCUAAAGAUCAUAAACCAAUUGUGGCCCGUGCUGAGAUGUACACCUCCAUGCAGACAAAGACUCUCACUGGUGCCAAAAGAAAACAUGGGAUGACUUUGGAACCAUCUAUAGACUCUGAUCUUUUAACCAGUCAAACAUCUGAGGUGGAUCAGGAGAACUGUGAUUCAGAUUAUGAAAAGCUGACAACUAAUGAUUCAGAUGACCAAAAAGAGCAGCGUUUCCUCCAUUUAAUAUGCGGCUUUGAGCCAGAGGAAGAAGAGCCACCUGAAAAGAGGAGACCUAUUGCCCAUUAUACAGACCAAAAUGUGUUAGAGACACAGGAAUAUUGGAAUAAAGAUGCAUCUGUUGGAAGAAGAAUCCCAGAUGAGAGUCAAAGAAUCCCUGAAACUGAGACUUUCUCCCAGGGACAUGAUCUUUUGAUGGUCAGGAAGCUCUCUGAAGAUUCUUGUGAGGAUUUGCUCCAGUCUCCAAGGCCUCAAGAUCUUGGGUUGAAGGAUAAACGUGUUUUAAGAGAUCAGAACUCCACUAUUGUGGGACCUUUUGAAACCUCCAGGCAUGUCAAUGAAAACCACAAAAGACCAAGUUCUUCUGCAGUUACUAAUAAGGAUCAAAAGCAAGCUUGGUAUAAACAAAAGCCAUCACCCAUGAAACUAAUAGGAAAAGAAAAUAGUUGGCCUGCAUCACCCAUUCGCAAUUCUCUAUCAACUUUUAAGCAGCAUUCAAUUUCAAGUCCAGCUAAGUGCAAUUUAAAGGACAAAUACACUUUUUCCCCAAAGAGGAAACCAGAUAAGGAGACAAGCACAGAGAUGAUUGGAGAAACUCUCGCUGUGCUGUUCACUCAGGACUCAGAGGGCUUUCGUGUGAUUGCUCAUCGUGACCAACACUCGAGGAGCCAACUAAAAGACCAAUCCAAUUUAUCCUUGAGCAAAGAGUCUUGCAGUAGACAAUCUGUUGGAUUUCUAGAAAAGGAGGAUGAAGAAUCUGACCUCGAACCAGAGAUGCUUUUCACUCAGGACUCAGAAGGAAACAUGGUUAUCAAGCAUUAGCCAUGAACAGAUGAUAAUUGUAUUUAAAGGCAAAAUAUGUAAUAAUGUUUUGCAUUGAUUGUUUUCAUGUAAAAGAGAAUUUCAUGUGUGAUAGAGUGAAAAAAAGUCGUUGUUUUCUUUAUUGAAAAUUAUAUUAAAUACAGAAAUAAAUGUAAAAAAGAAUGAAACCAGAAUUAUUUUUUUAAAAACAAAUACACACUUCUUCACCUUCAAUGUAAAGCAGUAUCUCACGUGUUUUGUCACCAGGGGCACCUUUAUGAUUUUUGGGCCUCCUGACAACUUUG